AUGAGUCUAAUUAUUGGGACCACCGGUUCUAGCGCUGUUGCCACAUUUUAUAGUCUCCAAGGGCUCACAAACACUGUCCAAAUAUUCGCCCUCCUACUCACCACGAUUGCAGUUCCCGUAGACAAGAAUCUAUCUUCCAACUGGCGCAAACUCCUCUUCGGGACAAUACCAAAUGUUCUCGCAUUAAACUUUGCCUCUACUGCUAACGAGGCUUUGCUGUUUCUUCUUCUGUUCCUGAUCCUUGCUAUGGUGUUGCUUUACCUCUUCCGUCGAGCCGCCUCGAACUACGAUCGGUACAAGAUCAUUGAGGGUCUUCAACAAACAGACGCACCUCGCAGUCGAGGAGGUCUAGUUGCCAUCACCUUCUUGCUUACAAUCAUAUAUUUGCCGCUGAGCACAAUGGCGGUUCAUGUGCUCGUCUGGUCCUCUGAUCUUUGGGCUAUCCCAAACCCCUACAUCAACGCAACAUCUUUCCCACCCGUCGUUCCUCCCCUCGGUUCACCCAGCGAGUUUAAGGAUCCCCUUGAUUUCUGCUGGACGACUACCAUGAAACGCAAUGAGAUCAACUUUGCCCCAGCCUUGGUGGUGCUGUCUCUCAUUGUCGUCGGAAGUCUCGCAGUCUGGUUUCCUAUUACUCUUCGCCAGAUCAUCCGACAAUCCGUUCCAAAAGUGGACCAAUAUUCAGAACUAGGACGACGCCGUAAUAAUCGCGAACUGGAUAACGAAUAUCAUCGGUUGCUCUCCCGUGACCGCAGUCCAUUUGCUUUCCUGUAUAAUGGUUUUCGACGGAAUUGGGCCACAUAUCAGCCAAUCGCUCUGUUUGCCAAACUGGUCACCCUGCUGACCAUCGCCGUUAUCGAUAGCGACAACUGUCUUUUUCGCAAUCUUUCACGGACUAGCAUUCCUAUUGUCCGACAAGUGUUCCUCGUCCUGUUCACCCUUGGAUUCUUUAUCGCUCAAUGUGUCCUCGCCCCGUUUUUGGAUCCAGUCAACAAUGCCAGCGAAUGGGUCUCACGACUCAACUACGUGCUCACUGCCGUCUUGGCCUUGAUCGUGGCUCUCGAUGUUCCAGGGAAAUCAAUCUUUGACACGUACAUCCUUUAUCUUAUCUUCGUUCUAACUUAUGGCUUCGGCAUUUACUUCACCGUAAUCAAUGCCUCCCUAAUGCAACACGCUAUCAAACGGAUCACCCGACGCAUCGACUUCAGCAUCGAUAUUUUCUCACCUCGUCUCGAUGUCUCUUCCAACUCCAUGCAUAGCAAGCGUCGCAUUUGGCAAGAAACAAUCACAACACUGUUCCUGACCAACCAGGAUUGUCGAAUUCCCUCCAAUCAGCCUAUGGCAUUUGCACAGGCUCGGGAAUCUGAGUACCCGCCAUAUCUUCUUCAAUUCCGUGGCUAUCCUGCCGAGCGACAUGUCGAGAAUAUCAAGGCAUGUUUUACCUUCCAGGAUAUGGUCAAUUCUCACGCAAUUUCUCUCACCAACGGUCCUGAUUAUGAAUGGUUCAGAUAUCUGGAAGCAGAAAUUCAGCAACAUUUUAUUGGGCCUGACAGUUACUGGCGGGGCUCUAAACUACCCGAUGGGGUAACCAGUCCAUUCGGCAACGCCUGGUGGAUUCCAUUUCCGCCCACAUUGGUCAUUCGUUACGAUGAUGGCCCACUAGCGGUACUGCGAGAAAUCGCUGAUCUCGAAGCCUACAUCAAACAGAACUCUUCGAGAAGAGUUCAUCGUAAACGAGAAGUUCGUAUGGCUUUGCGAGCUCUUCAUGGACAAAUCGUUGCUUGGCCCUACUUGCAUAUCACACCCAUCGGUUCAUAUUCUAUGUGGGACUGCUGUCAGAGGUAUACUGCUGAGGAUUCGAUUUCAUUCCAAUCUUGCGUGUUCCGUAUCCAUCAGCGAGGCCAUCUAGAGUGGGAAGGACUUCAAUUGGGAAGCGGCUUCCGCGUUGAACUGAAUUAUGCACGCAACGUCAAAGUCGGUGGCGAUGUGAUUGGCCUCAAUGACGAGUAUGAGCUGACACCAAAUUUGGCACAAUUCAUCUCUCUCAACCAACACCUCAUCCCUCACCGACUGGAUUAUAUCCAAGAAACCCUGGAGAAUUAUCGUCGCCACCACCGCAAAGAAGGCCGUUGGAAGCUGCAUGUGUUAAGCUACCGCUUUCUAACGCAUGUCUUCGACCACCCAAAGCCAUCCGCCAGGGUCACGGAAAGUUCCAUCCACUCAGAACAAGACUUGCGAGUGCGAGAGCUUAUGGCUGACAACGAUAUCGUGUUUGACACUGCAUAUAAACGAUGGGAAGCGGUGUCGCAUUCAACUGUUACCACUUGGUGGUAUCUUUUCUGGGAUGAUUUAUGGAGACGGAACAGUGACACAAUCCGUGGACUUUCGCUGCAUGCGCGUGACUUCAAUCCAUAUUACCCAACUUCCAUUGCGUAUCGACCAAUACCUCGACCCGCUCUGGAGGCCUUCCUUCAACAACGAGGACUAUAUUCUAAGCAGAGCGCUAUCCAUUCCGGCUUUCUUAAUAAGAUCUACCUGCGGCUAAAUGAGAUCGUAUUUGCUGGUUCCAGUCAGGCCAUUAUGUUCCAUUUAGGAGGUCAUGCGUCUGAAAUGGCCAUGAACGAGAUUGAUGAAGAGACUGUGGCGGCAUCAUCAACGCUUGGCACUGGGCCCGGAACCGACUACGAUGCAAGCACUAUUCACCCUCGGCCUGCAUAUCGGUGGGAGGGUAUGCUCCAAGACAAAUACAGGGCGUCGGGGCCAGCGCAUCGCCGCUUACUCUCUAAAAUGGGAGCAUGGCUGGGCCUCACGCCGGUGUGGCGGUCAGCGCCGUCCACUGGCCUGGCCCUGGAUGUCCGCCUGGACCAUGGACACUAUGUUGCAUUGAAUUGA